GACAUGGCUUCCUCCAGCAGUCUCCUGUCUGAAGAUCAGUUCCGGUGUUCUGUCUGUCUGGAUGUAUUCACUGAGCCUGUCUCUACUCCAUGUGGGCACAACUUCUGUUUGGCCUGUCUCAACACCUUCUGGGACAACACUGAACUCUGCUGCUGUCCACUCUGUAAAGAGAACUUUUGUAUUCGGCCUGAACUCAAGAUCAAUACAACACUCAGAGAAAUUGUAGAUCAGUUUAAGAAGAGUAGAGGCCUUGACAAGCCUGAGGUGCCCUGUGAUGUCUGCACUGGUAAAAGAAAGAGGUCUGUGAAGUCCUGUCUGGACUGUGGGAUGAGUUACUGUGAAACUCACCUGGAGCCUCAUAAAACUGCAGCCAAACUCAAAAAACACAAACUGAUAAAUCCUGUGGAGAACCUGGAGGACUAUAUAUGUCAGAAACAUGAGAGACCCCUGGAGCUGUUCUGUAGAGAUGACCAGACAUGUGUGUGUCAGUUCUGUACUGAAACAGACCACAAGACUCACAGCACUGUUCCUCUAAAGGAGGAGAGUGAGGAGAGGAAGUCAAGGCUGAGGAGAACACAGACAGAAGUACAGCAGAUGAUCAAGCAGAACCUGAAGAAGAUUAAAGAAAUCAGACACUCCGUACACCUCAGCAAAACAAACACAAAGAGAGGGAUAGCAGACAGUGUGGGUUUGUUCAAUGCUCUGAGGCACUGUAUUGAGAGAAGUCAGGCUGAGCUGAUUGAGCUGAUGGAGGAGAAACAGAGAGCAGCAGAGAAGCUGGCUGAAGGUCUCAUUAAAGAGCUGGAGCAGGAGAUCACUGAGCUGAAGAGGAGAGACACUGAGCUGGAGCAGCUCUCCCACUCUGAAGAUCACCUCCACCUCCUACAGGUUUACCCAAAAAUGAGCAGACUUCCAAACAUCACACACUCCGCUGACAUCAGUAUUGACCCUCAUCUGUGUGUGGACACUCUGAGGAAAACCCUGGAACAGCUGGAGAAAUCAUUCAGUAUGGAAAUGAAGAAAGUCCCUGAGAUAAUACUGAAGAGAAUUAAACAAUUUGCAGUGGAUGUGACUCUGGAUCCUGAUACAGCCAAAUCCAGUCUCAUCCUGUCUGAUGACGGAAAACAAGUGACACAUGGAAACACACGACAGAAUCUCCCUGACAACCCAGAGAGGUUUGAUACAGUUGUCUGUGUCCUGGGAAAGGAGGGCUUCUCCUCAGGGAGAUUUUACUAUGAGGUGGAGGUCAGGGGGAAAACUGACUGGGAUUUAGGAGUGGCCAGAGAGUCUAUUAACAGGAAGGGACGGAUUACAGCGAAACCUGAGGAUGGAUGUUGGAUUUUGAGCAUGAGGAAUGGAGGAGAGUUUCGGGGUGGCACCUUUCAUUCUAUUCUCUUCUCUCUGAAUCAAAAACCCCAGAAGGUGGGGGUGUUUGUGGACUAUGAGGAGUGUCUGGUCUCCUUUUAUGAAGUAGAGGCUAGGUUUCAUAUUUGCUCAUUCACUGGUCAGAUUUUCACAGAGAAACUAUACCCAUAUUUUAGCCCUAGUCUAAAUAGACAAGGUGAGAACUCAGCCCCAUUAAUAAUUUCUCCUGUCACUUAA